AUGUCCCUACUCAAUGUAGAGAAUAAAGCUUACAUCUCAAUCGGUUAUUCAUCAGCUCAUGCCUGGACUCCAAACUCAAGACAGGUAGACAUGUCUUCAACACCAUCACUUCCAGUAGAAGUAAUAGAGCUUAUCGUAUUUCACUUAUGUCAUGAAGAAACAUACUUAGAGGCCGAUCAAUACAAUAGUGCCGAAGUCGAUUUUCUGAAUCAAGACGCCAUGAUUAACUUACUCAGACUUCGAUUGUUGAACAAAGGAUGGGCGAGCACUAUUCAUCGUGCGGUGUAUGGCUCGUUGAAUUUAGCAUUUCCUUAUGCUGAAGGCUUCUUGAACAAGUUACGAUGCAACAAUCUAGCGAUUAGUGAAUUUUGUGAAGUCAAAGGCAGAUCAGUCAAAGUCUUAGAAGUGAUGCCAACAUAUUAUGAAGCUUAUUCAACAAGACUAAUCGUAGCAUUUAGAUUUACAUUAGAAGUAUUCUUUAUGGAUAGCUUGCCAAAUUACAUACCUUACGAUCUACAAAUGAUGGAAUUUCCAAAACUGCGUGUCAUAAGGAACAUAUACGUUGAUGGGUUGAUUGAGCAUCCAGACUGGUUCAGUUGGCCUAUGUUUCGAGGUGUGCAAAUUCUAAUUACUCAGUACCAUAAAGGCAAUAGUAAAUGGCGAAAGCAAUUCAUUGAAGUCCUUGAGCUACCAUUGCCGCCAGGUUUGAAGCAUAUGAUCUUUGUAGUUGACAAAAAGUAUAUAAUAGAGGAUGAAGUAUUAACCGAAAGAUUGAAGACUCUUGGUAUAGGUUGUCAUUUCAAGACUAGGUUGUCGCAUUAUGAAAUACUGUAUAAUACUAGAGGUGUAGCGAGUGAGGUUAAUUGUAAUACAUGUGAGAGGCAUCUUUAUAAGGCAUGCAUUGAUAAAGAAAAGAAAGUUCCAAUCAAUGCUUCAGAGAAAUGCGUAUUAACAAAAAGCCAAGUUUGA